GCCCGCAGCCUGCCGCCGCCGCCGCCGCUGCUUCUGCCGGGUUGUGCAUCAGACUGUCAGAUAAAGCGGCUGGCUGAGCCGGCGGGGCGGCGAGCACGGCCCGGGCCGGACAUGGCGGCGCUCUACGCCUGCACCAAGUGCCACCAGCGCUUCCCCUUCGAGGCGCUGUCUCAGGGGCAGCAGCUGUGCAAGGAAUGUCGGAUUGCACACCCUGUUGUGAAGUGCACCUACUGUAGAACUGAGUACCAGCAGGAGAGUAAAACCAGUACAAUAUGUAAGAAAUGUGCUCAGAAUGUGCAGUUGUAUGGAACGCCCAAACCUUGUCAGUAUUGCAAUAUAAUUGCAGCAUUUAUUGGCAAUAAAUGCCAGCGCUGCACAAAUUCAGAGAAGAAGUAUGGACCACCAUAUUCUUGUGAACAGUGCAAGCAGCAGUGUGCAUUUGACAGGAAAGAUGACAGAAAGAAGGUAGAUGGGAAGUUGCUAUGCUGGCUGUGCACGCUUUCAUACAAACGAGUCCUUCAGAAGACCAAAGAGCAGAGGAGGCACCUGAGCAGCUCUUCCCGUAGCCAUCAGGAGAAGGAGCAGUACAAUCGACUGAGUGGUGGCAGCCAUUAUAACAGCCAGAAAACACUUUCUACAUCUUCAAUUCAAAAUGAAAUCCCAAAGAAAAAAUCCAAGUUUGAGUCAAUCACAACCAAUGGAGACAGCUUUUCCCCAGACCUGGCACUGGACUCACCAGGCACUGACCACUUUGUCAUCAUUGCCCAACUGAAGGAAGAAGUGGCCACUCUGAAGAAGAUGCUGCAUCAAAAGGAUCAAAUGAUUUUAGAGAAAGAGAAGAAGAUCACAGAGUUGAAGGCUGAUUUUCAAUACCAAGAAUCUCAGAUGAGAGCCAAAAUGAACCAAAUGGAGAAAACCCACAAAGAGGUCACAGAACAAUUGCAGGCCAAAAACAGAGAGCUCCUGAAGCAAGCAGCUGCCUUGUCCAAGAGCAAGAAGUCGGAGAAGUCAGGAGCUAUAACCUCUCCGUGAGAGACCACAAGAAGGUUCCCAGCAACAGCAAAUGGAUUCCUAGGCUAGGGUUGGUGACUUGGGAACGGCAAGCCUUCUUAAGAAAUCUCUAUUUUAUUAGUUAUCCUUUGUGUGGUUGCAGUGGGCUGAAUGGAAACACCUGGUUUGUGCUGUGUUAUGACUGCAUGCUUGAAUGUUUGGGAUUUCAAGCUCUUUUUCUCUCACUCUCACACUCUCAAUCGUCUCUCUUUCCCCUUUCCCUCACCUUCUCUCAGUACUACCAACUGUCUUUCUCCUGAUACUACUCUUUUCUUUUUCUUCUUUUUUUAUUUUUGUGAUGGUUACUGCUCAGUGUUAUGUGCAGAAUGAUUUUUUUUGUCCACCGUUGCAUCCUGCCAUACCCAUGAGCAAACAGUUUGGCAUUAAUUUUAUAUCACUGCCAUCCUCUGAACUUUGAAAACUGCCACCUUAAGACUUGGUACAAUGGACGAGGCUUUCUCUCUCCAAUAAAACUUUUGCUUCAGGGUAUACUCUUGGGUUUAUUUCCAGGUAUAUUAUGUAUGAACUUUGUACUAUGUAUAGCCAGAGUUUUAUUUAUUUUUAAAAAAAAGAAAUUUUCUUGAUAAAGGAAUAAUGGUAGCCUAGCUUGUUGUUCUUGUAAAAGUGAUGCCUCUUUUUUAAAAAGUCCUACUCUAGCUUUUAGUAAAAAAAAAAAAAAAAAAAAUCAAAUCUUUUCUUUCUUGUUACCUUGGAGUCUUAAAAACUGAUUGUUAAGGUGAAAUAAUUCAAUGCAUAAGUAUGGAGUUAAGUGCCUUUUGGAGAGUUUCUUGGAAGAAGAUUUAAGAAGAUACUUAGGGAGGUAGCAAAGAUUGAGUGGUCUGUCUUUAUAAGUAAGGGCAGAGAGAAAGGUUGUCCAGGUUGUACUGGACACUUCCCUUCCCCACACCUUUCCUGAUUGUUUUUAUGUGACUGAUUUUGAAUUCUCACACUGCCACUUCUUUAAAAAAAAAACAAAAAAACCCUUACUUGCUUA